CUAUAUGUAGUAGACGGACCAAUCACAUUGAAGAAUUCAGGCACCAAUUUGAAACCACCGCAAGGAAUCCCUGCUUCCUUUUCGUCGCUUGUGUUAUCAACAUAAAACACGUUGUUUUGACGAGUAGUUAGCAAGCAAUUUUAUCAAUACGUUAUCGGAGAGAUAUAGUCAGCAUUUACGUUUGCUAACGAUAUUUUAAGAAAAAAAACGUCCAGAAUAGUCGUUAUUGCUUUCGAUAGAUAGCUGCGUUAGCUACCUUGCAUUGCAAUCUGCAUUUAGCUAACUAGUUAUAUACUAGUAACGUUAACGUUCGCUACGACAAAAUGCCAUCUCGUGUUGAAGAUUAUGAGGUGUUGUAUACCAUAGGGUCAGGGUCUUACGGAAAAUGUCAGAAAAUACGGAGGAAAUCUGAUGCCAAGAUUCUAGUUUGGAAGGAGUUGGACUACGGCACAAUGGCUGAGAGCGAGAAGCAGAUGCUGGUGUCCGAAGUCAAUCUCCUGCGUGAACUGAAGCAUCCAAACAUUGUGAGAUAUUAUGACCGUAUCAUUGACCGGACCAACACCACACUGUACAUCGUUAUGGAGCACUGUGAAGGCGGUGACCUCUCCAGCCUCAUCACCAGAUGCAUCAAAGAAAGGCGUUACUUGGAGGAGGAAUUCAUCAUGCGAGUCAUGGCACAGCUCACUCUUGCCCUGAAGGACUGCCAUCGCCGGAGCAAUGGUGGGGCCACAGUGCUGCACAGAGAUCUUAAGCCCGCCAAUAUCUUCCUGGAUGUCAAGCAGAAUGUCAAGCUUGGCGACUUUGGUCUCGCACGUAUCCUGAACCAUGACACCAGUUUCGCAAAGACUUUCGUUGGGACCCCAUACUACAUGUCUCCUGAACAAAUAAAUCGCAUGUCCUACAAUGAGAAAUCAGAUAUCUGGUCCUUGGGGUGCUUGUUGUAUGAACUCUGUGCCUUAUCGCCUCCUUUCACAGCUUAUAACCAAAAAGAGCUGGGAGAGAAGAUCCGAGAGGGAAAGUUUAGGAGAAUACCCUACCGGUAUUCAGAGGAGCUGAAUACACUCCUGUCCAGAAUGCUCCAUUUAAAGGACUACCUGAGGCCCUCAGUUGAGUCCAUUCUCCAGAGCAGCCUGUUGGCGGACCUGGUCGCCGAUGAACUUAGGCGGGCGCAGGCAAGACACCGGAGGAGGUCGGCUGAUCCAGAGAAACCAAAGCCUGCAGAGUCUUCAACCACCCCUACUAUUGCGGCGCUGAGGCUGAAGGAGCAGGUGCUGCGGCACAGGGAGAAGGCCCUGAAGGAGCGAGAGGAGAGGCUGGAGCAGCGGGAGCAGGAGCUUUGUGUUCGCGAGAGACUAUCAAAUGAGAAGCUUGCCAGAGCGGAGAGUUUGUUGAAGAGCUACAACUUGGUGAAACAGCAGAAGGCCCUGCCACUGCUCUAUUCCAAUGAAAUGGAUGAGGGAGAGGAGAACGUUUCACCUGGAAAGAAGGUCCAUUUUGCCGGAGAAAGCAAAGAGAACCAGAGGCCAGAUCAGAAGCAGAGUGUGAAGAGCCAGGAGCUGGGGCUGAAGAAGAGGCUACAGGCAGCCAACAUGCGGGCCCAGGCCCUGGGGGAGGUGGAGAGGCUCUAUCAGCUCAAGAGCUGGCAGAUCCUAGGCAUCCGCUAGCCCACAGUCUGCUGCUUAGGGCCUGACUAUCAGUGUCAUGUGGAUGGAUGAAUAUAUGGUUGUCAGAGGUGUGAUCCAGAAGUAUCAGGUCUCUGCUUUAGUUUUCCUGACUAACAUUAGUUUCAGAGCUAUUGAAACCUAGUGGUCCAUUGGGAAAUUAUGUAGCUUUUAAUUUAUUUGUAUCAUGGUGAUUGGUUUAUACUAUGGUGAAAUUGCCAAAAUAUUGGGUGCCAGAUAUAUUUUUUGUGGUGUUUUGUGUUUUUUCAACCUUGACAUUUAAAAUGUGUUAUUGAUGCACAGAAUUGCACUCAACUUCUGAUUUGUGAAUGUGAUUUAUAACUACUAUGUACAUACUGUAUGGUGGCAUUAAAAUAUAUUUUAAGGGCAACGUUAGUACAUUAUCUGAAGAUGUAUAAAUAGGUGUACACUCCCGCAUACACUUCUGUUCUGGAGAUAUGUCAAUGUUUUGCAAAUAUGAUAUUGGGAUGGGUUGGCAAAAAACAGGCACUGUUGACCUUCAACAAAUGUCUGUUUCAGACAGGUCCACUUUCUGAAUAACUGUCAACUGAUUGACCUUUGUCCUUAAUGUUUAAUUCUACCUUUGCCCUUGAAUGGUCUCUUAUUCAUUUCAAAGGGGCAUCAUGUACUUUAUUUUGGUUGCAUGAUGAAGUUCAGUUCUUGGUAAAUGUGUUUCUAAACUUCAUUUACAUGUUUUUGUUUUCUAAACAUAAGCAGUUUGCAUAGAAGUUUGGCCAUGAAAAUGAUGUGGGAAUAUAAGUAGUGAGUAUCCUCUUGUGAACAUUAAAGGCAGACUUAAUCAGUGA